AUGGAGACGGAGAUGGUGUCUUCCUCCGGCAAGAAGUUGCUCGCAGACACUUUGCAACUCGGGGUUCAUCCACGACACAACGCUAUUGGCUAUUGGGCCGAGGGCAGUUCUGCACUCGACCUUCACGCGCUCGGAGCAGGUCACGCUGAAGGCCACACGUGGGAUUCGCAAGACUAUAGUUUUCUACAGAAACCGCACGCGACGUGUGCUAUUGACAGCCGAAUCACGAGUGGGAUCCGACCUCACUGCAUGAACCAGGUGGACCAAAAUAAGGGCAAUGACGUGUCAGUGAAAAUUAAUGGAACAAGCACUAAAGGCUUCUUCUUCAAGAAUGUCUACCCUUGGAUGAGAGAGACGCAGUCUGCCCCUGCAAGUCAUGAUACACCCAGCUCCUGCCAAUCAGGGGUAUCACCGUAUAACAGUGGUGAGCUGGCUUCUCCAGAGACAGCAAGAAGGAAUGACAGCAGCUCCAGCAGGAAACGUAUACGCACUUCUUUUACCUCUUCCCAGCUGCUGGAGCUUGAGAAAGAGUUCCACUUCAGUGCUUACUUGUGUCGCCCAAGGCGCCUUGAGAUGGCGUCGCUGCUCAAACUCACUGAUCGACAGAUUAAAAUCUGGUUCCAAAACCGCCGCAUGAAGUACAAGAAGGACCACAAGGGAAAGGCAGUGGUUUGGCCAUCCUAUUUAAGUGUCCCAUCUUCAGGAGAAGGUAGUAGUGGUGCAAUGGACAUUACAGCUACAGCCUCACACAACCUCCAGUACAUCAGUCAGCCAAUCAUGAGCUGCACUCAAAGCGGUUAUGGAGACACUAUGUACAGAGACUGGUUCCUGUUUACAAAGUCAGCUACACCUGUUAAAGACACUGCAUUAGACCUCAGCAAUACCCCGCAACCUGUGCCCAGACUUGAUACUUCAAAUUUGGUCUCAGGGCAUGACUUCUGUUUGCACCAGCCAGGUGAAGGCUGUAUCCUAGCACCUCCUGGACUCUCAUACAUGUGACUGUUCCUCCAUGAUCAGCCAUUUCUUCAGCUCCAGAUCUUUUUAGCACUUUGCCUAUGUUUAUAUCUCAUUUAGUCUUAAAAAUACAAGAAAAUUACCAAGCAGAUCAUGUGAAAAGAUAAAGUGGGUUUAGCAGUUACAAUGUUUUUUUUGUAACUUUAUUCAUAUAGAAUCUAACCAAAUCACUCUUGCUUGCUAGAAUUCCUACAGAUUUCACAAGAGAUUGGAUUGUCAUGCCAUACUCUGGCACACAGCUCCACAGCUGCUAUCACUUUGAGAAGAGGCAGGAUUUGUUGCCCUCAGAAGCUGACUUACAGGCAGAUCAUUGACUUAAAAGAGCUGGAGAGCCAGGUUUACUCUCACGGGCAAAAGGCCAGGGAGAAUUACAUUACGUUAUCAGCCAGUAUGCAGUAAAGCUGGGAGAGUUUCCUCUGUGGAUAAGUUGUAGCAGGCUCUGUGAAAAGUAAAGAGAUUUAUUAAACAUGGACAUGAGCCCACUUCUGAGAAUUUAUCUACCGAGCUCAGAUUGGUUGGGGGAAAAAAGCACAAGAAUCCUCCAAACAUUAGCAAGAGCAUUUGUUGUUUUUAACUUUAAUGUGAAAUAUCAGCUGGGGUAGAAUAAGUACAGAGAAACUGUACUUGAGUAAAAGUGUCAAAAUCCUACUCACUUAAAAGUGUGGACAUGGAGUGAAAGUAUCUACAGUUAAACAUGCUCAAGUAUUUUUUUUUUUUUGAGAAUGUUCAUUUUCUUUAUCAAAUGGCAAACUGUUGUCAUGCUGUCAUCCUGAAUGAAUCAUUUGUAAAUCCAAGAGAGCACCACUCAAAGACCAAUUAGCACAACUUUGUGAAAGUUUCAUUUGAUAUUGAUGUGAGUUUGUUUGGAAUCAGUGUAAAUUGACCUUAGUAAGAGUCCACAUAUUCAGCUUAAUAACACUUGAUUAAAGUGCGAAUAUUCUAAAAUAGUACUGAAGUACAGCACCAAAGUACAAUUACUACAAGUAUUUUCUGCCCCUGAAUAUCAGAACAUAAUGCAUUGUCUUAAGCAUGUGUCAAACCAUAUUUGCACAAAAAUAUAUAGGACAAAUUAUAUUGGUUUAUUUUACUAUUUUGCUUCAUAAACAUUUACAGAAUGUUCCCUCAGGAGAUUAAAUAUUCAAAUAGUCAAACAAGCAUGUAACCACUUUGUUUAUUUCAGUACUUAUUUCUUAUUUGGUUAUUAAGCAAACCAUGCUGAAUAGAUACUCGUUGAAGAAAGCACACAUUUAGGUAUAGUGAAACAGUUUGCGUUGAUUUCUGUAUUUUGUAUUCUGUGUGCUGUAAUAACUUGGUAAUUACGCAGUUAAUACAUACUGCAGUUAUUAGCAGCUAUUGAACAUAUUUUAUGAAAAAUGAUGAUGAAAAAUCUGAAAAGGAAUUGCCUUGAGCAUGCAGUACAUGUCAGAUUGGAAGAAAUAUGCUCUGUCAGUUGUUAUUCUUUGUCCUUAUAGAUUUUAAUCAUCAAUUUAAAUAGAAAAAACAUGCUUUUCAUUCUGUGUUCAUUGUUUGUUUUGUGUCAAUUGCAUUUGAAUAAACUGAAAUAAUGCAUGUUUAAAAAAAAACUAUAGUAGUGGUGGUUGUGUUGCACAUUGUAAACCUGGUGCAACCCUCAAAACGAUCCUGAUGACGCAAUGACGUCACUCUGUG